UUAGCCCCAGAAUCAAGACACGCGGAGGAAGGAGCUCUCGUUGGACAGGUAUGGCGUUCGAGUUCCCAACAGAAGAGGAGAAGGCGCUUGUGCGACAGCAGCUGGGGACGAGCGUGGAAGAUAUCCGGCAGGCACUCGCCAACAUUCGCAACUGGCUGCAAGUACAGCCACACUUGCCCGAUGUCAUAGAUGACGAGCGGCUGGAACGCCUAUACAUCAGCUGUAAAUGCAGGACCGAGAGAGUGAAGCAGAUACUGGAUGCCACGUACACGCUGAAGAACAAGUUCCCCGAAUUCAUGCUGAACAGAGACCCGCUAGGGGAAGACAUUAUCACAGCUCUGAAAUGCUGUAAAGUUCCGACGAUGCCUCGUCUCACACCGCAGUUUCACCGUGUUGGAGUCCUCGGUGGCAUCUAUUCUGACCCUUCGGAUCUGAAUCCUGUGCACGUAGCAAAGGCGUGUCUCAUGAUCAUUAACUUCAUUCUGUCAUUUGACUACUCCGUUGGUUACAUCCUCCUAAUCGAUCUGAAGGACAUGACUGCUGGACACUUGAGCAAGCUGACGAUCCGCGACCUUCGGGCUCUGGAAUUGAUUACCAGGACAGCUUACGCUAAGAGGAUCAAAGCCUUACAUUUUCUAAACGCGCCGAAGAUACUGAACACAGUGCUGUCCAUAGUGAAACUAGCUCUUCCCGAGAAACUGCAGAAGAGGAUAAUGGUCCACGAACGAGGGUCACAGACAUUAUUCGAACAUUUACCUAAAUACGUGGUUCCCGACGAAAUGGGUGGUACUGCUGGACCAGUGGCAGAUAUAAUGGACUCUGUCUAUGCUGAGUUGGUAAAGCACAGAGAAUGGUUUCUGGAAGAGGACAAAUACGUCGCGGACGAGAGCAAGAGACCUAAGGACAACGGCUACAGCUACGAACUGUUUGGUGUGGACGGAUCCUUCAAAAAGCUGCAAUUGGACUGACCACAUCAAAGGCAGAGAGCGUAGUACCACUAUGAUGUGCAUGUCGUGUCUUGUUUUCAAGCACUGUUGGGAUUUCUUCUCCACAUCAGAUGUGCGUUUUUCACUGCUGUAAUAACGAAGCUGAUGGUUCAAAAUUUCCGCUCAGGCAAUACAAAAUUGAAAUAUAGAACCACAAUGAAUCUACAACAGAAAAA